AAAAAACACAAAGGUUAAGACAAGAACAAGAGAAAUAAGUAAGACAUUGAAAUAAACGCAUUUUUUUAUACCGUAUUCUUCACUCUUUUCUUUAAUCAUAAAAAUUUAAGGAACAAAACCAAACCCAAAGAAAAGGAUUAGUCUUUUUAUUUUCAUGUUGAAUAAUUAUUACUACAAUAUUUUUUAUUCACUGGAGCCUCCUUCGAAUCACAAAAAGGAUGCGAAGAGAAGGAGAAAGAGCGAAAGAGAUGGGGAUGAUGUAUUAUCAGUUGUCCAAGUGUUCUUAUCAAGACUCUUUGAAAAUACUAGAGGCUGAUAUACAACAUGCAAAUGCUUUGGCUGCUGCAAUACCAAGAGCCAACAGUGGUGCACAUCUUCAAAUGAAAUUGGUGUACAAUCAUUUGACGCCCCUCUUUCUAUUUUUGCUACAAUGGAUGGAUUCUUCCUGCAUAUGUCUACUCCCUAGAUUUCGAAACCUCUUUCACAUACUUGUAUACAAGGUAUAUACGGACGGGAGAUCGAAGAUAUCUACACAUGGAAGGAAGGCAACAAUUAGAGAGUUUUAUGGUGUUAUAUUACCAUCACUUCAAAGGCUCCAUGGUAACUUGGGGUUGUUGGAUGAUGAUAAGGAAGGGCAUUUUACCAUGGGGAGUUCUGGCAAGAAAAGAGUUGAAUUAGAUGAUAGACUUGGGAAUAUUGAUUUGGAGAGGGAAGAUGAAUGUGGGAUUUGCUUGGAGCCUUGCACCAAAAUGGUCGUGCCUAAUUGUUGUCAUGCAAUGUGCAUCAGAUGCUACCGCAAUUGGAACACAAAAUCAGAGUCCUGUCCAUUUUGCCGUGGGAGCAGGAAAAGAGUUAACUCUGAAGAUUUAUGGGUACUUACUUGUAAUGAUGAUGUGGGUCGACAAUGA